CGUGCUUUGGGACUCAAAUCAUAUGAUCACCUUGGACAUUUGUGAAUUUUCCUCACAAGGUGGAGGCGUAGAGUAAGAUUAUUAGCCGAAUAAUCUAGUGUUUUACGAUUUUUAGUGAUAAUCCCGCAGUGAACAAGGCGCGAAGAUGGCUCUUAGCGACGCAGAUGUCCAGAAACAGAUCAAGCACAUGAUGGCCUUCAUCGAGCAGGAGGCCAACGAGAAGGCUGAAGAGAUCGAUGCGAAGGCCGAGGAGGAGUUCAACAUUGAGAAGGGACGUCUUGUCCAGCAGCAGCGUCUCAAGAUCAUGGAGUACUACGAGAAGAAGGAGAAGCAAGUGGAGCUCCAAAAGAAGAUCCAAUCCUCCAAUAUGCUCAAUCAGGCUCGUCUGAAGGUGCUCAAAGUGCGUGAGGAUCACGUGAGGAACUUGCUGGACGAGGCAAGACGACGUCUGGGUGAGGUCACGAAAGAUCAGGGCCGUUACGCUGAGGUUCUUCGCACGCUCAUUGUUCAGGGAUUGUUCCAACUCAUGGAGCCGCAUGUCAUCGCAAAGACGCGCCAAGUGGAUCAGAAUAUCGUGCAGAGCGUCCUGCCGCGCUGCGUGGAGGAGUACAAGGACAAGAUCGGCAAGGACGUCGUGGUGACGCUGGACACGGAGAACUUCCUGCCGGCGGACGCGUGCGGCGGCAUCGAGCUGUCCGCCCUCAACGGACGCAUCCGGGUGCCCAACACCCUCGAGUCCCGCUUGGAGCUCAUUUCGGCCCAGUUGCUGCCGGCCGUGCGCACUGCACUGUUCGGCCGCAACGCCAAUCGUAAAUUCACGGAUUAAGAAGGCGCGCGCCCCAAAGGCCGCAGUCAAAAUUAUCCCAUCAUCUUUUUCGCCUGUUAACAAUCCAAACAUUCCCCCAAAUUUUGCCCCAGAAUAAGUGGAAGGGAGUAAGAAAUGACGGAGAGACACUCCGAAAUUGACGAAGCUGCCAUUCUUUUGAGUUUGAACCUCAUCAAUUGGCUCACGCAAUUGUCGGCAGCAUCUUGCUUUGCAGUCACCAAAGUGUCGGUGUGAAGAUGACGAGCCUGAGCUGGCUCGACUUCCAUCGGAAUCUUCCCGGACUUUGCUGCCAGAUUUUCAAAGCAAUUCGAUGAUUGUGUGAUUCAAUUGUGAGGACUUCAAGGUUUUGUUUUUGCACAAUUUGAUGUUAGUCUCUUUUUAUUUGAUUUCAUUUUAUUUUUUCUUGGUCUAUUCCUCUUGCAAAAUCAGUGAUAUUCUUCGCGACCACCUGACGAUCAUCUCGAGUUUUGCAAAAACACCUUCAUACCUUGUCGCAAUUGUUGAAAUUACCUUCCACUUCCAAUUGUUUGAUUUGAUGCCCUUUUUCGGAGCAUAGAAUGCUACCGUUUGUCACGUUGUCAGAUGUUCAUUGCAGAAGAAGAAGAUAAGAAGAAAAAAAACAUUUAUGAUGUACUUGCAUUGCAUUGUGUAUUCUGAGAGAAAUAAAAGGAAAAAAAACAUAAUGUUAUAUAAAUAUAAAUGUAGAUGAAAAGCAUUGUAACUGUAAAGGAUUAUAUUGAGAAAAAGAAAACACAUUUUAAAAAACUAUGGUAUGGGAUAAUUAACACAGUUCUUCUCUUACUACUGAAGUGUAUCCUAGAGAUGUAUUUAUUAGUGAAUACAUGAGAAAAAGUAUUACGUGAAUUAGAAAUUAUGUCAAGAAAACACUAAAUUCAUCAUACAAAUGGUGUAAAUAUGUAUAGAUGUGAAAUUACUGAAUAAAAUGUUGAAAAAAGUAA